AUGUUUCCUUUUCUGCUUACAACUCUGUUACUUAGCUUUUCAAGAGCUCUGGGCUUUGAUGCCAAUUCGAAAGCAAAUAUCGCAGUAUACUGGGGUCAAUCCUCGGCCGGCUCUCAAGAGUCGUUGGCCUCGUAUUGUCAUUCUCCUGAUAUUGACGUUGUUUUACUGUCUUUCAUGCAUUCAUUUCCACAGAACGUGAGUCUCGACUUUACGUCAGCUUGCUCGCAGUCAUUUUCUAGCGGCCUUUUGCAUUGUGAGCAGAUUGGUGAUGAUAUUAAGACUUGUCAAACUUUGGGCAAAAAAGUGAUGCUGUCACUAGGCGGGUCUGCGGGCUCGUAUGGAUUCGAAAGUGACUCCGAAGCAGUUGAUUUUGCCACUGAUUUAUGGAAUACCUUUGGAAAUGGACAUAGUUCGGAACGACCCUUCAAUGAUGCUGUCAUCGAUGGAUUCGACUUUGACAUCGAAAAUCAAAAACCUGGCGGCUACGUAGCACUGGCCAAAUCUCUUCGAGGGCACUUUGCCUCUGAAGACAAGAAGUACUAUCUAUCAGCGUCGCCACAAUGCUUUUACCCGGAUGCAUCUGUUGGUGAGCUUCUCGAAAAUGUAGAUAUGGAUUUCAUCUUUAUUCAAUUCUACAAUAAUGCUUGUAACGUGGAUUCUCAAUUCAACUGGAACACUUGGAGCAAUUUUGUUACCACAACGCCAAACAGAAAUGCUAAACUCUAUUUGGGCUUGCCAGGGUCCUCGUCCGCCGCGGCGUCUGGCUAUAUUUCUGACCCGGCCAAAAUUCAAUCUGUGAUUGAGUCAAUAGGCCAGGGGGAAAACUUUGGUGGUAUCAUGUUAUGGGACGCAUCCCAGAGCUUUACUAACAAGGUUGGGGGCAAGAGCUACGUAUCUCAAAUGAAAAACAUUGUGGGGACAAACACAGCGGGCAUCAAUUUUGAGCAUGAGGCGAACGACUCUGGAUCAUCCCUAAGCUCUCAGGCUACAACGAGUUCGAGCUCUAGCGUACUUUUCAGAACCUCGCUGUCAAGCACUUCUACGUCAGGUGGAUCCGUCACAGGAAGCUCACUGCUUGCUAUGGUUACUCUCAAAAAUGUAGCGUUAGGUUUGCUAUCAGCUGUAGUCAGAGAGGGAGGUUGA